ACCUACACUACAGCGACUAGGAAAGAUUUUCUUUUUCUGCACUUCUCAGAACUCUCUUUCUGCGCAUAACAUGGAUCCAAGCUUGUGAUUCGAAUUUCAAAAGUAGAGGGUUCUUUGAGGUAUUAACUUUUCAAGGAGAAGCAAGAAGGGAAGAAAGGAAUCAAGAAUUCGACGAACUCUGUUAGUGUGAGGUUUCUAUUCUGCCAAGGCAUGGGAGAAUCUGCUUGUCUCAUGCAAACCUUCUCUCAGGUUUCUGAUACAUCCCAUGAAACUAGCGAGGGGAAUCCCAUUCAUGCACUUGCAGAAUCAGUUUCUUUCGGAAGGUUCUUGUCAGAGUCCUUAGAUUGGGAGAAAUGGUCAUCCUUCUCUCACAACCGAUAUUUAGAAGACGUAGAGAAAUACUCCAGGCCUGGUUCAGUCGCUCAGAAGAAAGCUUAUUUUGAAGCCCAUUACAAGAAAAUUGCUGCUAAGAAGGCGGCAGCCUUGCUCGAGCAAGAAAACGAAUCUGCUAGUAAUACUUCUCAACCAGAAACCCAGGAUGUAGCCCAAAACGAUGCUGCCCUGGUUUCACACUUGACCGAAUCUGAUGGCCAUGAGGCUGUUGAUGAACCACAGCAACCACCCGCCCCCUCCAUGGAGGAAGGUUUUAUCACUGAUACAAGCAGAUGUAAUUCCAAUGUUGAAAUGGAUCACUUGGAAACAAAUAAGGUGGAAGUUGAAGAUCCAGUAAUAGAAGACCAGGGGCUUGAGAAAAAUUCUCUGGUGUUUGAAUCCUUGAACCAGCUUGCUGAUGAUGAGAACCACGGCAUUCUUACUGAAGUGGAACCUAGUGGAACCACCUACAUGGAUCAGACUCAUGCAGAGGAGAACGUCGCUGCUAGUCAGGAGACUAUGACUUCAGCGACCAAAGCAAAACCACUGGUGUCUUCCUCAAAACCAUCAGCUUACAGUAGGGAGUCCACGCUUUCAUCUUCCCCUGCCAAAUCAACAAGUAUUCGUUCCCGAAAAGGAAAUAUUGCCACUCCAAACAGUAAGAAGUCUGCAAGAGAUUCAGUCCUGAAGAAGUGUUCAACUCCUAAAUCGCUCCAUAUGUCGAUUAAUUUUGCUGCUAAUCAAGAGACUCUGGCUUUGGCUACCAAGACAAAACCAGCAGUUACUUUGUCAAAGCCAUCAGCCUACAGUAGAGUAUCAAGGCUUCAAUCUCCCACUUCCAAAUCCACUACUCCUGUCCAUUGCAGAAAGGAAAAUAAUCCCACUCCAAACAGUAAAAUGUCUGAAAGAGAUCCAGGGAAUAAGAAGUGUUCAACUUCUAUGUCGCUCCAUAUGUCGAUUAAUUUUGCUGCCAAUCAGGAGACUUUGGCUUCAGCUACCAAGACAAAACCAGCAGUUUCUUUGUCAAAGCCAUCAGCUUACAGUAGAGUAUCAGGGCUUCAAUCUCCCACUUCCAAAUCCACUACUCCUGUCCAUUGCGAAAAGGAAAAUAAUCCCACUCCAAACAGUAAAAUAUCUGAAAGAGAUCCAGGGAAUAAGAAGUGUUCAAUGCCAAAAGCACUCCAUAUGUCAAUUAAUUUUGCUGUCAAUCAGGAGACUUUGGCUUCAGCUACAAAGACAAAACCAGUGGUUUCAUCCUCAAAGCCAUCACUUUCCAGUAGAGCUUCAAAGCUUCCAUCUCUUCCUGGAAAAUCCACUACUCCUGUUCACUCCAGAAAGGAAAAUAGUGCCACUCCAAACAAUAAAAAGUCUGCAGGCGGCUUGGUGACUAAGAAGUGUUCAGCUCCCAAAUCACUUCAUAUGUCGAUUGGUUUUACUCCAUCUGGUACUGGUGAAACUAACAAAACAUCCUCAGUUUGGCAAAAGAUUGCGGAUUCAAGAAGAUCUGGCAGUUUGUCUACAUCUAAACACUGUCCAACUCCUCUAAGAACUCCAACCACGGCAUCUGUGAAUGGUUUGCCAAAGAAUCCUUCUAUCAGUCCUCAGUCAGAAAAAAGAAGUACCAGAUCAGAACUUGAUCUCACAGCCUUUGGAAGCAGUAAAGAGGGCGCAAAAUGGCAAUCUCUUUCUAUAGACCAUUCAAAGUCUUUGAAUGCUUGCGGAGGCAUAACACGAACUGCAACUCUAUCUUCUCCUUUUAGCUUCAGAACCGAUGAAAGAGCCGCAAAAAGAAAGGAGAAGCUGGAGAAUAAAUACAAUGCAGAGGGGGCACAAAAUGAGCAGCUUCAGAUGAAAUCCAAGGAAAAGGCAGAAAGUGAGCUUAAGAAACUGCAUCAAAGCCUUGGGUUCAAGGCAAAGCCAAUGCCAGAUUACUAUCGUGAAACAGAAUCAGGAAAGAAUCAGAAGCAGAUUUCACUGACACAUCUUCGACCACCCAAGCUAGGAAGGAAGCCCAGUUCCAAUGCAGUCCAGGAUCGAAGCUCUCUGCCUCCUCGGAGGCCUGCAGUCAAGAAUGACAACUCCAAGAUUGUUAUUGAGAAGAAUAACCAAAUUCCUACUCAUUCUAUCACUGCACCACCGAAUGAGGGUGCUCACGAUAAUUCUUCCCCAAAUAUCCAGGACUGAGUAGCAACAAAGGAGAUUAGUGGAAUUACAGAUUAUAGUGGCACAGAAUAAUAUUAUCAACGAACUGAUUGGCUGUAGAUGAUGAUGACCAUUCAGGGCUACUUUAAGAAGUGCACUUUCCAAAAAUGAAUCCAGUUAAACAAUCAGGGGGAUGGAAAUAUCUGUCAGAGACUCAAUCUUUUCAUGGUUUCUCUCUGCAUCAAGUGAAAUUUUGUACCUGUUCUUCAUUUUCUGUUUCUUAAUGAAUGUAUAAUAUUUACAAUUUUACGUAUUUUAAGACAGAUUCAAGACAAGCCAUGGUUUUCUGAGCAAAAUUAUGGAGAGGGCUUGGAAGUUAUCGUGUAUUUGGAGUGUUACUAUAAAUAAUCCUGAUUUUCACUUUCUUGCUAA